UACGUGACAUAUAAAAGGCAGGACCGUCGCAUCACACUCCCUGUCUGUGCUUUGUGGACAGUCAGAAGAGGGCUGCGCAAUCUGCUGAGUGAAAUUAAACUUGACUUUCUGUACAAACUCAACAGAACCCAUCAGGAAACAUGGCCAAGCCUCUGACAGACCAGGACAAGAGGAAGCAGAUCUCGGUCCGAGGGCUGGCCGGAGUUGAAAACGUUGCAGACCUGAAAACUAAUUUCAACCGGCACCUUCACUUCACCCUGGUGAAAGACCGAAAUGUGGCUACCAAACGGGACUACUACUUUGCCCUGGCCAACACAGUCCGGGACCACCUGGUGGGCCGCUGGAUCCGGACGCAGCAGCAUUACUAUGAGAAAGACCCGAAACGUGUGUACUACCUCUCCCUGGAGUUUUACAUGGGCCGGACUCUGCAGAACACCAUGGUUAAUCUGGCCUUGGAGAACGCCUGCGAUGAAGCCACAUAUCAGCUGGGUCUGGACAUGGAGGAGCUGCAGGACAUUGAGGAAGAUGCUGGCCUUGGCAACGGUGGGCUGGGACGUCUGGCUGCUUGUUUCCUGGACUCCAUGGCCUCCCUGGGUCUAGCUGCUUAUGGAUACGGCAUCCGCUACGAGUUCGGCAUCUUCAAUCAGAAAAUUGUUAAUGGUUGGCAGGUGGAAGAAGCUGACGACUGGCUGCGUUACGGUAACCCCUGGGAGAAGGCUCGCCCUGAGUACAUGCGCCCAGUUCACUUCUAUGGAAAAGUGGACUACACACCUGACGGGGUGAAGUGGGUCGACACGCAGGUGGUUCUGGCUCUUCCCUAUGACACCCCAGUCCCCGGCUAUAGGAACAACGUUGUCAACACCAUGAGACUGUGGUCAGCUAAGGCCCCCUGUGAAUUCAACCUCAAAGACUUUAAUGUCGGUGGCUACAUUCAGGCUGUGCUGGACAGAAACCUGGCUGAGAACAUCUCCAGGGUUCUCUACCCCAACGACAAUUUCUUUGAAGGGAAGGAGCUGCGUCUGAAACAGGAGUACUUUGUGGUUGCAGCUACUCUUCAAGACAUCAUCCGUCGGUUCAAAGCCUCCAAGUUUGGCUCCACAGAGUUUGUGCGACUAGACCUUUCUACACUUCCAGACAAGGUGGCCAUCCAGCUGAAUGACACCCACCCUGCUCUUGCCAUCCCUGAGCUGAUGAGGAUCCUAGUGGACAUAGAGAAACUCACAUGGGAGAAGGCUUGGGACAUCGUGGUCCGUACCUGUGCCUACACCAAUCACACCGUCCUGCCUGAAGCCCUGGAGCGCUGGCCUGUCGACCUCUUCAAAAACCUGCUGCCUCGUCACCUGGACAUCAUCUACGAGAUCAACAGGAGGCACCUGGAGCGCAUCGGCAAGCUUUACCCUGAAGAUGUUGACCGCCUGCGCCGAAUGUCCCUGAUCGAGGAAGGGGAUGUCAAGAAAAUCAACAUGGCUCACCUGUGCAUUGUGGGAUCUCAUGCUGUGAAUGGAGUGGCCCGCAUCCACUCUGAAAUCAUCAAAAACACUGUGUUCAAAGAUUUCUACGACGUCGACCCUCAGAAGUUUCAAAACAAGACCAAUGGCAUCACACCCAGGCGCUGGCUGGUCAUGUGCAACCCCGGCCUGGCUGAAGUGAUCGCAGAGAGGAUUGGUGAGGAUUACAUCCGUGACCUGGACCAGCUGAAGCAGCUUCUGAACUUUGUGGAUGACGAUGCCUUCAUUCGGGAUGUUGCCAAAGUCAAACAAGAGAACAAGAUGAAGUUUGCUGCCCAUCUUGAAGAGCACUACAAGGUGAAGAUCAACCCCAACUCAAUGUUUGAUGUCCAGGUGAAGAGGAUCCACGAGUACAAAAGACAGCUGCUCAACUGCCUGCACAUCAUCACCCUAUACAACCGAAUCAAGAAGGAACCCAACAAGUCAUGGACCCCCAGGACCAUCAUGAUUGGAGGAAAGGCGGCUCCAGGUUACCACACUGCCAAGAUGAUCAUCAAGCUGAUCACAUCAAUUGGAGACAUUGUCAAUAACGACCCUGUGGUGGGAGAUCGCCUAAAGGUCAUCUUCCUGGAGAACUAUCGGGUUACUCUGGCUGAGAAGGUCAUCCCAGCAUCUGACCUGUCAGAGCAGAUCUCCACUGCAGGCACUGAGGCCUCUGGUACUGGGAACAUGAAGUUCAUGCUCAAUGGAGCCCUCACCAUUGGCACCAUGGAUGGAGCCAAUGUUGAAAUGGCAGAGGAAGCUGGAGAGGAGAACCUCUUUAUCUUUGGCAUGAGGGUGGAAGAUGUGGAGGCUCUGGACAAGAAGGGCUAUGACGCUUUGUCUUAUUACAACCGUAUCCCUGAGCUGAAGCAGGCAGUGGACCAGAUAUCUGGAGGCUUCUUCAGCCCCAGCCAGCCCGACCUCUUCAGAGACCUCGUCAGCAUGCUGAUGCACCACGACAGGUUCAAAGUGUUUGCGGACUAUGAAGACUACAUCAAAUGUCAAGACAAAGUCAGCGCACUCUAUAAGGACCCUAAAGAGUGGACCAAGAAGGUGAUCCAUAACAUCGCCGGCUGUGGUAAAUUCUCCAGUGACCGCACCAUUUCCCAGUAUGCCAGGGAGAUCUGGGGCAUGGAGCCCAGUUUGGAGAAGAUUGCCGCUCCUGAUGAUCCUCGCUAAUCCACAUCUGCAUCCUCCACCUCACUGUAGCUAACCAUGUGGUCCAGCCACUGAAGAAAAACCAUGUAGCUUUUUCACUGUGUACUGUAGCAUUGUUUCUUUACAUUACUGAUCCCUAUACAACCUCUGUUACUUUCAGUUUGUUUUUCAGUAACAUGUGUUAAAUUGGACUUAGUCCUUUCCCUUUCUUCCCCCUUGUGCACCAGCAAUGCAUAUGGUUACCGGCUGGGUGAAAACCUUGUAUCUCCAAGUCAGCCUUUCAGCAGCUAAGAAGCAGCCUAGAUUUCACCUUGAAAUAAAAACAUUAAAGAAAUACUUGUGUGCUACAGUUUUCACACAGCAGGGUUUCAAACCACAAUAAUAACUACAUUCCCCUUUUACUUCUGAGCCAAAAUGGCUACCAAAAUCCAGAUAAAUAUGCCAGUAAACCUUAGCACUGUUAUGGUUCCAAACCAACCCAUGUCUUCCGUGGAAGAGAAAAGGGACACACAACUGUGUGUUGUAAGGAAGCUAUGCCUCCAUAUUCACAACAGAUUAGCAUUCAUAUUAAUAUUUCACAUUAAAAGACUCUCCAACUGCUCUGUCCAUGUUUUAUGGUGUUUGCUGAAUAUGUCCAUUUAUGUGUGUCAUUAAUGUUCAGGGGAGUCCUGCGAUGUAGAUGUACCUGUUACCUCCUCAGCAUGUUUGUGUCUGUCUUAUUCUGUUGUACUCUGUUCCUAAAAGUGACCUGUGUUAGAAAAUAACAAAGCCUUCUCUGCCUAAAACCCAAGUGACUGAAUUUAUCUUUGGAAGACGUAUGUAUUCUGUGGUGCUGUGUGUGUUUGUGCGUGUGUGUGUGUGUGACAUAGAUGAGUCCAUGACACUGUGGAUAUCAGCUCAACUAACGUACUGUAACAACAUCCUGUCCUGCUUCACCUACUGCAUACAACUGUCUGACUGCUGUGGUGCUGUCUGUAGAGACUGCAGAAGGAAAGAUGUCCUCCACACUGAACAUGACAGUCAGGGCUUUUCUUUUUUGUCAAUAAAUGACAACUGUACAUCAACAGCU